AUGAUGUGUAUUGGAGAUGCAUUUCUGCGUAAUUGCAGUCUGCACCGCUUUAUCGCUGAGUAUUCCCUGAAGUGCUUAGAGCCACAGCCGAGCCAGAUCCGGCAUUCCGCCUUCGGCUCCAGGGGAUGGCAUGGCCAUGGUCCCACUGGGACUGCCAACUUCGAUCUGACGAAGGAUCCUGGCGCGGAAAAGCGGACCGUCGUCUGCUUCAUGGAGCUCCUGAAGCACGCAAUGCCGGGCGAACACCUGGGCAUAGCAUACAACACAGUGCAGAUCCAGGAGGGCCGCGAGUGCUUCCACCAGUCAACAUUGACCGUCACCGCUGAAGACGAGGAUGGAGGGGUCCGUAUGCAUGGAGUGGACGCGAGUUCAGGGGCCCUGUGGAAAGGAAGAAGAUGUCCGCAGAUCAUGCCGCGGCCAGUUUAUUUCUUGCAGACGCUGACGUCCAACAAACUGCUGCAAACCUGGGCCCCAGCCGACACAAAGAAAGGGGCCACAAGUCCGGACGGGGAGUGGUUUGUUAGUUACAACGGCGAAGACUGGUCUACCUUCUUCGGCAACGUGUCCGACUUAUUCACUGCAGCGCUGCAUGCCACGGAUGGCAGGAUGCAGAUCUCAUGGACCAGUCGCAAGCUCAACUUUGCCGAUGAGCUGGGCAGCAUGCAGUCCCUGACGGAGGCGUUUCCUGCGAGGUUGUGUUGGAAGACUUCACAGGCAAAAUCAAUGCUCUUGCUGAUGCACACCGUCGCAUCAGAGUUCGGGCCGUGUCUUCCUACCGCUACCGCCACGGCUGCUGCCGCUGAGGAGAAAGCUUUGGCAGCUGCCAUGCAGGACCAGGCAGCCAUGGUGCUCGACGGCUUGCCGCACUCCUUGCUGCUCUGCGCAGAGGAGGAAGCGAAGAAGAAGGAGGAAGCCGAGAAGGCUCGCGCAAAGGCGACGCAGGCUUUUGCGCUUGCCGCGCAAUCACUGGGGUCUCAGGCGGGCCUGCUGACAGGGAACCCAGCCGUCAUGAGGGCGUUUGCACGCGUUCUUGCGGCGACGUUGGGGUGGCACCCGCUCCGCAGGACCAUGGUCACCUCCAACCAAUCCGUUCCCGCUCAGCUUGGUAUACAGUAUGCAGACGCACUGCUGCAGGUGUACCGGAGCUGUUCCGAGGAUGGGACACAGGAUCUUCAACAUCGUGACGCGCCUGUCGGAAGAGGAGGUCCGGAACAAACAGAAGGCUCUGGCCCAGGAGUCAUGUUCCAUGGGCGCCUCUCGGCCAAGCUGGUCUUGCCCAGAGGUCCAUCCUUUACAGCGGGCACCAGCGCCCCCGAAUUCGUGCCAGGACGUGUGAUCGGUCCCGUGAUGGUGGCUGACUGUGAGCUCGAUGGGACGAUUUUUGUUCACACUGACGUUGUUUCCGUAAUUUGUGGCCAGCAGCGACAAAUGUAG